AUGGCCCUCUUAACACCCCAGGGAGUGAAAAAAGUCUUCCAAUUUCAGAAAACAGAAGGUCGGGAGCAUCUACGGAGACUGCUGAACUGGGAAGAGUUUGAUGAACUGAGAGACGCCCGCAGAAGCAUCCUCCUGGAUACCCUCUACGAAAGUAUCAUCUUUGCCGUGGGCAAAGGCUUCCCAUGGGUGGAGGUAGCCAAGGUGGUCAAGUUUACAGAAGAGCUGAUCAAGGAAACCAAAGGCUGCUCCAUCACUGAGGCUGUGACAAUCCUAGGGAACAAGCUCAGAGAUUAUCAGGGGCAGUUCAACACCACCCACCUGCUGGCCCUCUGUGACUACUUCCACAACACCUUCAUCCGCCACUACAAACUCUACCAGUAUGUCCUGGGCCAGGACCAGGAAGUCAACCUGACUGUCAUCCACCUGGAGGUGUGUUUGCCACCCCAGCCCCUCCCACUCUCUGCGGGCAUGGACAGGGAGCUGUGGAAGCAUGAGCAGCAGGUGGCCGAGCUCAGCAUGGCUGAGGUGCAGAAGCGCACCAAUGUGCUGCUCCUGAAGGAAACGCUGCACCUGGAGCAGGAGCACAUGCUACAGAAGAAGUUCUCGGAGGUGCUCGCACAGCACACCCAGGUUCUGAAGAGAGAGGAAUUAGAAAACCUUGUCCAAGAGGCCAUUCAAAUCCAGAUUGAAUGUCUAAAAAAGCUACUACAGUAUGAGAUACAGAUAACUUUUGAUAUUUUGGACCUGAAACUUCAGAAGAAGGCUUUAAAUCUCAAUGCUCCUGUUCCUUUCCCACUCUCAAUCACUGGCCAGCCCGGCCAAGAUGAAUCUCUUAAGUUCAACAAAGCAAACAAAGGAAAGAAAGCGAAAGCCAAGAACUAG